CUGCUUCAUUGAUGUUUGUUUACAUGGAAAAUUUGUUUGGUAGAAAUGUGAUUUGAAAGGAAAACUGUUGGAAGUUACCCUUUGAGUACAUUUACCUUUUGUUAGUGGCAUUUUUGUUUGGUUGCGUAAAGAAGAAAGUGAAAAGGUCUCAUAGUAUAGUGCCAUGUGGGGAGAAGAGAUAUGCUGCACAUGCAUUUGGUAAUUCCAAGGCUUUGAGUUUGUAAAACGAUAAUGGAAAACAAGUGUUUUGCUUUCUUCAAGAGAAUCGGUUGCAGAUAAGAACAAACUCAUUUACUUUGGAGAAACCAGAAGAGGGAAAGGACAAGUGGUUUGAGUGCCAAGUCUACAUUUGUCCUUGGAAGCUCAGAUCAGGUAAAUGGAAGCCGAUCAUAAUGCUGUUUUGAUAUGAUCCUUCUACUUUUGAUUGAUUCUGCAGACACACCUAUUUCUGUUGUUGGCUCAUUUCUUGAUAUAUUUAGCAGAAAUUGAAAACAGUCUUUUCUACUUCUUGCUGUCCAACCCUUUUUUCUGAUUCUUCUAGUUUUUGUUAUGUCAAUUUUUGUCCACCUCCUUUCAUGAACAUAUGAACAUGGGAAAAACAGCUGAGAAUCGAAUCCUUGCAAUUUUGGCUUACUUUCUUAGUUUUGGCUUCUCUCCUUUCCUUGUUACCCUUGCAAUUUUGAUUCUAUCAACUAUGUUGAUCAUUGUCACAUUCAAAAAGAAAAAGGUAAUUUUGCAUGAGAAACCAGCGCAAGAUCAUGAGGGUCUCAUCUGUGAGCAGAAAAACGUCCCUGGAAAAGUAGUUGGAGAGACUCUUCAACCACCAGUAGAAACAGCUAUCCAACAAAAUGAAGUUGGUCUGAUGCAUGAGUACCAAGUUGAAUCAACCUCGGACAUUCUUGUUCCAUCAGACAGUGAAAGUAGCAAUGAUUCUGUAAUGGGUGAAAAGUUUGAUCUCAAUUUGACUUGUUCAAACUAUAUGGAACAAAAUCUAGCAAUGUCAGAUAUUUCAGUUUCUGAUGAUGAUGAUGAUGAUAGCCUCAUUGAAAUCUGCCUUCCGGGCAGCAAGUUUGGUGGCCCAGAUGAAGAACCAAAGCAAAAGCUGCAGUCAAAUCUGCCGUCAAAUCUGCCUGAUCUCUUGCCGGAAUCAAUAUUCGAGCAACAAGGCUUAAUGGAGCUCUUAGCAGAGAUCAAUGAGAUGAAUGAAGAAGAGAAUCUGAUUGAGAUUGAUCUUGGGCUCCAUCAAGGGUUCAAGGUUAGCGAUUGAAGCAUGAAUUAGCAUUGGCAUGAGUGUCAAUAGUUCCAAGUUUUGAUCUCAACAACAAAUGAUGUUAGGAGCUGCUAGCUAGGCUUUUUAGAUCAAGGGAUAAUUUUUUUCUUCUUCUUCUUUUUAGUUGUGCUGCAAACUAUGGAAAUUUCUGCUUUAUUAUGCCUUCUAUAAUCCCUCUUCAAACACUAAAGCAUCAAAGUUCAACUUUAUUAUGCCUUUUUUAUAUAUCAGGAGGCAUAAACAAAAUAUGAUAGCCUUUCAUCUGUGGAGGCUUUUUUGCUUGGGAUGGAAUCCCACUUGCCUUUCCUCUUCAA